ACUUUUUUUUCUCUCUUUCUUUCUAUAAUAUAACAAUGGCUCGCUCCGCUUUUGUUUUUGUGCUUAUGGCUGCAUUGCUCUUGAGCUACACAAUGGCUCAAUCUCCAGCUUCCUCGCCGGUGGCCACUCCACCGAGGAAGGCUAAGACACAUCAUGCGGUGUCUCCGUCUCCGGCGGUCUCUCCAUCAACUAACUCACCAUCGGUUUCACCCAAUCAACCUUCUGCUGCUCCUGCCAACUCUCCAUCGUCCAUCUCUUCUCCACCAUCUGAAGCACAAGGUCCUUCCAGCGGUGCCUUUUUGAACAGAUUUACCGUCACUGGAUCUGCUGCCGUCGUUAUUUUCGCUGCGUCUUUGCUCAUCUAGACGGAUUUCUAUGGAGUUAUCUUUGUUUUAUUUUUCAUUUUUCAUUUUAUUUUCAUGGGCUACAUGAGUUUUAAAUUCUUGUUAUUUAUUUUUUUUCCUUUUUUUCU